AGGUAACCGACCCAGCGAUCGAAAUCUAUCUUUUUCUGUAGCGGCGGCGCGGCGACGGCUCCAGAUGCUACGUACGCGGAUCGAGCCUCUCCCCUCCGGCGGCGGGAUGGACGCCGCCGAGGCCAACAGCUCGUGCAAGGUGGUGACGGCAAUGAACUCCGCCACAAUGGCGGCUUCUUCUCUUCGGUUCUGCCCGUCAGCCGGCACCUUGAUCUGUCGAUCCGUCGGGACACGCCCCGAUAGGGUUAGCACCGGCGUUCUUCGAUGCAGCAAGAGUAGGGCCGCCGGUUUGAAGCUGUCUUGCGCUGCCGCAUCCGCUGCUUCCUCACCGCAAGCGUUGCCCCCACUGCCAUGGUGGGCAAAGGAAUUGAAACAGGAAGAUGCCAAAUUUUUCUCUAUAGUGGAUUUGGAUCCCGCCGGGCAGGGACAGGAAGAGAUUGAUGCUAUACGGGAUGCUCUUCUGUCUGGCCCCCUUGAGCCAGUGUUGCGCGCGCUGCGGGAAAUCGGCGCCGCCGGCAACCUUUUCCGCUGCCGCAGUUUCCACAUCGGCACGCUCUCUGGUGCUUUGUUAGUUAUCGCUGGUUUUAUCCAAUUAUGCAGCAUGACACCUACUCUUUUCGUGGAUAUUGUUCUUGGAUAUAUAUUCUACAAGUUAAGCAUCUUAUCAGCAGAGUUGCAAAGGAACGGGAGAGCAACAAACAUAUGUGCACGGAUACAACUAGUUUUGAUAUUUAUUCUGUCUUUUAAGGAUAACAGUACUUCUAAGGGCAUAUACGGCAUCCUUUCAGAAUUGAUCUGGUUCCUUAAUGUCCAGUUAUAUUUGUCAGCUGUCUACUCUGAAGUGACUGGCUUGAAGCAUAUGAGACUCUUCUGGCUUGGGGUUUAUAGAUUACUGCAAACCAAAGGUGGUCUCACAAAAGUGAUAAAGUCUCUCGUUAAGUAUGGAUAUGGAAAUGACAUCUAAAACUAUGCGAUGGAGUUUGGUUUGGUUUGGAAAUGACAUCUAAAACUAUGCGAUGGAGUUUGGUUUGGUUUGGUUGUAAGUAGAAGUGGUCCUUUUUAAUGCAUGUUUACAAUUUUACAAUUUUAUAUGUUAACUAGCACAGUGUCCGUGCUUCGCCGCGGGAAUUAAAAGAAUAAUUCUAUGUAAAAUUUUUUAAACUACAUGACAUUAAAAUAUACCCUGCAUACUACUACUGCAUUCUUUGUGGGAAUCUAGUUUAAUUGAUCCAUUUAAAUAUCC